AUGAAGCCAGUCCGGCCAGACGCAGACAUCGACUGCAAACAGGGUAAGAAGCAGACAAGCAAGAACCGGACAAGUUCAACAGGCAAAGUGAAGGCGGUCUCCUCCAACCGGACGGACGGAGAAAGUCCUUCCUACAACAAGGGGCGAGGCCGUCAGAUUAUAGUUACAUCUCCAGCGAAGGUCGCCACAAUCCGCAAAAGAGAGCAGCCGAAGACCCAUGACGAGCAGCAAACAGUUGGUUCAACAGGGGAGCCAGAUCAUUCAGGCGUGACAGAAGACUUCUUGGAUAUCACUGGAAACACACCUGUCAAACCAGCUGGGCAGACUUUUUAUGUCGAGAUCAAGGCAAGAAAGGUCGGCCAAAGCGACUCUUUUGCUCGAGAUCAGGAUGAUAAGGAAUUAACAACAGUCGGCAGAGGCUGUCUAGGCGUCGGGGUGUCGGAUCAAACGCUGCAGCCUCCAUUAUAUGGACCGUCGGAUGUUGAAGAGAAGGCAGCCGACGCAGGUACCCUGCUAUCUGGAAAAGAGAAGCGUGUGUCCGCGCCGACUGGAAUUGACGACCAGGCACUACAUGAAGCACGACCAAGUGUACCGCAGAAGCAAGCUCAAGAUCGGUUCGAAAGGAAUUUUGUAGACCCAAGCUACGCAUUCUCAGACGAAGAGAAUCUGCUGCCAAGAAGGAAGAGGAACAGCCGACGCAACCCAGAGCCGGCAAGUCGCGCCAGUCUGGCUGCGCAAGAUACCUCGCGAGUUGGUGAACAGGCAGAGGCUGGGAAGUUUCCGCAGGUGGCAGUCGCGCUUGAUGCUUCGGACCAGGAGAAACGGGAUCGAGCUGCGCUGGCAUCGCCACAGCCGAGUGUGGAAGGCGAGGCAGAAAUACAUACGACCGUCUCCAAAUCAAGCCAGGAACAAAGGUCGGAACAAAUGGUUUCUUACGAUCCCUUAGCCGUACCUCUGUCUGCGUCACACCUGCAAACCCGAAGGAACCGGACAGAAGGACCGGCAGAAGAGCAGCCUAAACAACAAGCCACAGAAACACUACAAUCCCGGUCACUCAGAGGCUGUUCUCGAAAUAAGACUGGUGAUGAUCUCCAUGGCCCAUCUGAAUUCGGACACAAAUCGCCUCCAGUCGUUGCAUCAAUACCAGCUGUUGCGGAAGAGGGGGGUCCGCCCUCAGCAAAGCCACCAAGGACAGCAGAGCCUGCCCCAAUACCGCCAUCGACACCUCAGCCAAAGUCCAAGUCAAGGUCUGAGAAGACCGGGGUCUCCAGAUCAGGACUCAUCUCUCUCCUAUCGGACGACGAUGACGAAGAAGACGAGAUCUCCUUCGAUCUCGCCGACUUUACGCCCUCGGGGCACCACCGCAUCCUCGCCUUGCGCCCGCACCAUCACCAGCCAGCCACGUCAAGUACAGGCAAGAACAGGUGCGUCGCUAGCCUCCUCUUCGGCCCAGCCUCGACUUCCAAGGUUAGCAAGCAGAGCACUCCAGGUUCAACCAACAAGAACAGGAAAAGGAGGCGCCGUAGCAAAAACACCCUGGUAGGAAGCGUGGUCAAGGUUAGGCGUGACAGUCCUCGGGCGCCGAGUCCGGCGGUCUCGGUGGUACAGACACCUGGGGGCACGAAGAGGAGAUGCGGUGAGGAUGGGUUCCGGUGCGAGAGAGACUUCUGUUUUGUCUGCAUCAGCAUAUAA